AUGUCUCCAAAUCAACAACAGCAACAACAGCAACAACAACAACAACAUCCAAAUAAUAAUUAUGAUAUUGUUUUAGAAUUAUUUAUUAAUGAUACGUUAACAUUAGUUUUUACAACAAAUUUAACGAGUAUUGCAACAACACUCGUUGGUGGUUCAGAAAUAAUACCAUCAAUAACAAUAUUUUAUUAUAAAAACAUUCUAUUAACAUUAAUAAUGUUAAUAAUGACAUUUAUGACUGUUUGUGGAAAUUUGUUAGUUAUAAUAGCAUUUGUUAGUGAUGCCUCAAUUCGUACAUAUUCAAAUUAUUUUAUAUUAAAUUUAUCUAUAACUGAUUUAUUAGUUGGUAUCAUAUGUAUACCAUUAUAUGCUCCAAAAUUUAUAUCCGGUCAAUGGUAUUUUGGUUAUCAUUUAUGUAAAUUAUGGCUUGUUUUUGAUUAUGUUGUGGGUAGUGCAAGUACACUAUGUAUUGUUGUUAUUAGUUUUGAUCGAUAUCAAAUGGUAUCAAGAGGUUUAAAAUAUAUUUCUGAAAGAAGUGUACGUCGUGCAUUAAUAUUUGUUUUUGGAACAUGGAUUGUUGCAUCAUUAAAUUAUGGUCCAGCUAUUAUAUUUUGGGAUUUAUUUUCAUCAACAAAAUUUAAUCAUCAUGAAUGUGAUGCACCAUUUGCACAUAGUUUUCCAUAUUUAGUAACAACAGCAUUUGUUGAAUUUUUUGUACCAUUUUUUAGUUUAACAACUUUAAAUUUAAUGGUUUAUUUAAAUAUUCGUCAACGAUCACGUGGAUUAAUUAGAACAUCGACAACAUUAGGAUUAUCAAAAAAACAUCAAAAAGAUAAUAAGAAUAAUGAUUUAAAUCAUAUUCAAAUAUCAAAUGGUCAUAUGAAUAAAACGAAUCAUAUUUUAUUACAACCUACAACUACUGCUACUACAAUUCAUCUUUUACCAUCAAGAACAACAUAUUCAAAAUCAUCAUCAACUUCAGCUAAUUUAGCACGUGAUAAAAAAGCUGCAAGAAGUUUAUUUAUUCUUGUUUUUGCAUUUGUGAUAUGUUGGUGUCCAUAUACAUUAUUAACAUUAAUUCGUGCACUAUGUAAACAACCAACAAAAUGUAUAUCAAAUACAUUAUAUGAAUUUACAUUUUGGUUAUUAUGGUUAAAUUCAACAAUUAAUCCGUUGUUAUAUUCAUUUCUACAUGUUAAAUUUCGAAAAGCAUUCUAUCGUAUUCUAUGUCCUUAUUCUAUUCGAUCUUCACGAAGUGUAAGAAAUAAAUAG